AUGUUUUUCUUUUUCUCUCAUCUUCAUUCACAAAAACACCGCCAUCUCCACCAUCCUGUCGACUUCUGCCACCGACAGCAAUCCAAUACGCACCGACUCUACUUCCUUCUUCGAUUAUACCACAACACCGAUUUCUUGAAGCGUGGAUUGUGGGUCAGGCAACAGUGUGGAUGGAUUUUGGGGACGAUGAUGGACUUCAGCUUUCUUCUUCGUUGGAUUUCAAUCACGAACAAAAACUUAGGGUUCAAUUUAAACCAAUUGAGGCCAUUGUGCAGUUCACAGAUUCAGAAACUGAUAUUUCUGCAAAGGAUGCUCUUGAUGGAAGAAGUAUUCCCAGUGACAGCAGGUGUUGCUGGAUAA